GGAGGUAGCGGGCGGCGGCGCUGGUUGGGACCGCAUCCCCCGGGCAUCCCCUGGCGCUACACGCGCGGGGCAGAUGACCCCAGAAGAGCCAAGGGAGAUAACAGAGUCCACUCCAUUACGCUGCAGGAAGCUCAGCAAUCCUGACAUCUUUUCAUCUGCUGGGAAAACCAAGCUCCAUCGUCAGCUAAGUCAAGAUGACUGCAAGCUACGAAGAGGUAGUUUGGCAAGUUCUUUGUCAGGAAAACAGCUGCUUCCCUUAUCAAAUAGUGUCCACAGUGGGGUGGGACAGACGGUAUGGCAGCCACCUGGAGAUACCUCAAACUUGGUCCGCAUGAGAAAUCAGUCUCUAGGACAAUCUGCUCCUUCACUUACUGCUGGUUUGAAAGAGCUCAGUCUCCCCAGAAGAGGAAGUUUCUGUCGGACAAGCAACAGAAAGAGUUUGAUCGUAACAUCCAGCACAUCUCCAACUCUCCCACGACCACAUUCCCCCCUUCAUGGACAUGCAGGUAGCAGCCCUUUGGACAGUCCCAGGAACUUCUCCCCAAAUGCACCUGCUCAUUUUUCCUUUGUUCCUGCCCGAAGCCACGGACACAGAGCAGACAGAACGGAUGGACGCCGCUGGUCCUUGGCCUCCCUUCCUUCAUCUGGAUAUGGAACAAACACUCCCAGUUCAACAGUUUCAUCAUCAUGCUCAUCUCAGGAGAAGCUGCACCAGCUGCCCUUUCAGCCCACGGCAGAUGAACUUCAUUUCCUGACAAAGCAUUUCAGUACUGAGAGCAUCACUGAUGAGGAAGGGCGUCAUUCUCCAGCCUUGAGGCCUCGAUCUCGCAGUCUCAGUCCGGGUCGCUCCCCAAUUUCCUUUGACAGUGAAAUAAUAAUGAUGAAUCAUGUGUACAAAGAAAGGUUUCCAAAGGCCACGGCACAGAUGGAAGAACGGCUGGCUGAGUUUAUUGCCUCUAAUGCUCCAGAGAACGUGCUGCAAUUAGCAGAUGGGGUCCUAAGUUUCAUUCAUCAUCAAGUUAUUGAACUGGCCAGAGAUUGCCUAGAUAAAUCACGUGAAGGUCUUAUUACUUCUCGGUACUUUUAUGAGCUGCAGGAAAACUUGGAGAAACUUCUCCAGGAUGCCCACGAGCGAUCCGAGAGCUCCGAGGUUGCCUUUGUUACCCAACUUGUGAAGAAGCUGAUGAUUAUCAUUGCACGACCAGCUCGGCUGCUUGAAUGCCUGGAGUUUGAUCCUGAAGAGUUCUACCAUUUGUUAGAAGCUGCAGAAGGCCAUGCCAAGGAAGGGCAAGGAAUUAAAUGUGACAUUCCUCGUUACAUUAUCAGCCAGCUGGGACUCACCAGGGAUCCCCUGGAGGAAAUGGCCCAGCUGAAUAGCUAUGACAGCCCAGACACUCCUGAGACAGAUGAUUCAGUAGAGAGCCGUGGGGCCUCUGUCCAGUCAAAGAAAACUCCAUCUGAAGAAGAGUUUGAAACUAUUAAACUAAUCAGUAAUGGUGCCUAUGGAGCGGUGUAUUUGGUGCGACAUAAGACCACUCGUCAACGUUUUGCCAUGAAGAAGAUCAACAAACAGAACCUCAUUUUGAGAAAUCAGAUCCAGCAGGCUUUUGUGGAGAGAGAUAUCUUGACGUUUGCUGAGAACCCCUUUGUGGUCAGCAUGUUCUGCUCCUUUGAGACCAAGCGUCACCUGUGCAUGGUUAUGGAGUAUGUGGAAGGAGGCGAUUGUGCUACACUUCUCAAGAACAUUGGGGCCCUACCUGUUGAUAUGGCAAGGAUGUAUUUUGCCGAGACUGUUCUGGCAUUGGAGUACCUACACAAUUAUGGGAUUGUUCACCGUGACCUAAAACCUGAUAAUCUCCUGAUAACUUCCAUGGGUCACAUUAAACUUACAGACUUUGGACUGUCUAAAAUUGGAUUAAUGAGUCUUACAACUAAUCUUUAUGAGGGACACAUUGAGAAGGAUACUAGGGAAUUCCUAGACAAGCAGGUCUGUGGGACUCCGGAAUACAUUGCACCAGAAGUGAUCCUGCGCCAGGGCUAUGGGAAGCCCGUGGACUGGUGGGCCAUGGGAGUUAUCCUGUACGAGUUCCUAGUUGGCUGUGUUCCUUUCUUUGGGGACACACCUGAAGAGCUGUUUGGACAAGUGAUCAGUGAUGAAAUUGCCUGGCCAGAAGGUGAUGAUGCACUUCCCCCAGAUGCCCAGGACCUCAUUUCUAAGCUUCUCCGCCAAAAUCCUCUGGAAAGAAUGGGAACAGGUAGUGCCUUUGAAGUGAAGCAGCAUCGGUUCUUUAAAGAUUUGGACUGGAAUGGAUUACUUCGGCAGAAAGCUGAAUUCAUCCCACAGUUGGAAUCUGAGGAUGACACAAGCUAUUUUGACACCCGCUCAGAAAGGUACCAACACCUGGAUUCAGAAGAAGAGGAGGACACUAAUGAUGAUGAUCAUGUGGAAAUUCGGCAGUUUUCCUCAUGCUCGCCAAGGUUCAGCAAGGUGUACAGCAGCAUGGAACGUCUUUCCAUCCACGAAGAGAGGAAGACUCCACCCCCGACUAAACGGAGCCUGAGUGAAGAAAAAGAUGAUCGCCUGGACAGCCUUGGAGGCUUGAAGAGUCGAGACCGCAGCUGGGUGAUUGGGUCUCCUGAAAUAUUGCGUAAGCGCUUGUCUAUGUCCGAAUCCUCACACACGGAGAGUGACUCCAGCCCACCCUUGACGGUUCGCCGACGCUGCUCAGGGCUUCUCGAUAUGCCGCGUUUUGCCAUCUCAGCCGAGGAUGAGGGAACUGUUCUCAAAAGGCCGCAGUCCGAGGGGAUGCUCUUAUCUGCUGUGCAGUCGCGGGAGGGACUCCCAGUGCCCAUUCCUGAACAGCCUGUGGAGCAGGAGCUGCAGCUGGAAGGUGAUGCUGGACCCACCACCCCCUCCACGGCCGUCAGCAGCGCCUCAACGCUGACAGCUGGGAGCACUGCAGAUUUCUCUGAUCCACGAGCUCGCAGUAAUAGCAAUGAAGGCCCAGACUUUACCACACCAAAAGCCAUCAGCGAUUUGGCAGUGCGGCGGGCACGACACAGGUUGCUCUCUGGGGAAUCAGGGGAGAAACGUGCCUCGAGACCUGUCAAUAAAGUGAUUAAAUCAGCAUCCGCCACUGCCUUGUCUCUCCUGAUUCCCUCAGAUCACCACACGUGUUCUCCAUUGGCCAGUCCAAUGUCACCUCAUUCUCUAUCCUCCAACCCAUCUUCGAGGGACUCCUCACCCAGCCGCGACUUUUCUCCUGCUAUUGCAAACCUGAAACCACCAAUCAUCAUCCAUCGGGCUGGAAAGAAAUACGGUUUCACUCUCCGUGCCAUUCGCGUCUAUAUGGGUGACAGUGAUAUCUACACUGUGCAUCACAUGGUCUGGCACGUGGAGGAAGGUGGUCCAGCAAAUGAAGCAGGUCUGCGUGAAGGGGAUCUGAUAACCCAUGUCAACGGGGAGCCAGUCCAUGGACUGGUGCACACGGAAGUGGUGGAGCUGAUUCUGAAGAGUGGAAAUAAAGUGUCCAUCUCCACCACGCCAUUUGAGAACACAUCCAUCAAAGUUGGUCCAGCUCGAAAAGCCAGCUACAAAUCCAAGAUGGCUCGUAGGAACAAGAAGAGCAAAACUAAGGAUGGUCAGGAAAGUAAGAAGAAGAGUUCCUUGUUGAGGAAGAUCACUAAACAAGCAUCACUACUUCACACCAGCCGGAGUUUAUCUUCACUGAACCGCUCUCUGUCUUCUGGAGAAAGUGUGCCCGGCUCUCCAACUCACAACCUGUCUCCUCGGUCACCAACGCAGAGUUACAGAUCCACUCCUGAGUCUGUACACUCAGUUGGUGGCAAUUCUUCCCAGAGCAGCUCUCCUAGUUCCAGUGUUCCCAAUUCUCCAGCCAGCUCUGGACACAUCCGACCCAGCUCUCUGCAUGGACUAGCACCAAAGCUUCAAAGGCAGUACAGAUCUCCGAGGCGUAAAUCUGCAGGAAAUAUCCCUCUGUCACCACUAGCUCACACUCCAUCGCCAACCCCACAGUCCACAUCACCGCAGCGCUCCCCAUCUCCUUUACCAGGACACUCAGUUGGCAGCUCCAGUAUUAUUCAGUCUUUCCCAGUAAAACUACACUCCUCUCCACCACUGGUGAGACAAAUUUCUCGCCCCAAAAGUGCUGAGCCUCCCAGAUCUCCUUUGCUAAAGAGAGUGCAGUCAGCUGAGAAACUAGCUGCCUCGCUGUCCUCUUCUGAGAAGAAGCUGGCUUCCUCACGCAAGCACAGCUUGGAUAUCUCUCACUCUGAAUUCAAGAAGGAGAUGUUACAGAGAGAUCCUAGUCUCCAGAGCUUACAAGAAUCUGUGAAUGAAACAACAGGUGGCAAACUUGGGCUAGCGGAAAAAGGGAUGUUGCAGAAGCCGGGUUCACGGAAGUUGGGUGCUAUUCGACAGGACAGGGUGGAGAGGAGGGAGUCUCUGCAAAAGCAAGAGGCCAUCAGAGAAGUCGAUUCUUCUGAAGAUGAAACGGAUGAUGGUUCAGAAGAUAGUCAGGACGGGAGAAGACUGGACAAGCCCCCUGACAGUGGAGACCAGGGCUCAGAUUCUUUUAAUGAGGAUAAUAAGUUUUCAUCUAAAUUGGAAAGCAAAGAUAGUAUUGAAGAUGAUGCCUUUCUACCUGAAGAUCCAAAAGGUACAGAAGAUUUACAGAAGGGAAAUGGUCAACAAGCCAAGCCUGUUUCAGAGCCACUGCAAAUCGGUGUGCACCCUUCUCCAUCAGAGGCCCUCCCAAGAACUUCUCUAGAAAAAAUAGCUAAUUCAGAAGAGCCAUUCCUGAGAUCAGAAACAACUGCAAAGGAACAUAAAUUGCCAGAAAACAAAACUUUUGAGUGUUUUGGUCCAAAAGACAAGUCUUCUGAAGCAAUCAAAGACCUAGGGAGAACUACAAGUGUUCAAAAAACAGUAGAUCACACAGAACAUAUACAAUGCCCAUCUAUCAGACUCUUGGAACUUGAAGAAGGUGACUCUUCAGGGGCCUCGUGUGGUAAACUUGACCUGAAGGACUCUCUGCUAACAGAAAGCAGUCAGAAAAAACAGGAUUCCAAACCUCUGCUGGCACUUUCUUCAUGGUGUACGGCAAGCGUGAGCACUCCUCUCUCGGUAAGUCCCGCCGAUCGCAGCAAGAAGGAUCACAAGGAGAUGCUUCAGCCUACAGAACAGCACAGCACCUCAUUUCUGUCCCCUGGAAGUGCGAGCAAGAUGUCCCACAAAAGUCCUAGUACUGAAAAGCAGCCCAGCUCGUCUGAGGCAGAGAGCGGUUCUACUGCCAGCAAGACGAGCCCAGCAGGUCCUGUGUCCUCCACGCUCCUCGUCCCCGGCGCUAUCGAAAGAGCUCUCUCUGUGUCUCAGUUAGUGCCGCUGGCUCAGAGCGUGUUAGGCCCUUUGAAGCUCAGUAUGGCUGGUUCUGGAGAGUUGGAAAAGAGAAAGGAUUUCCCCCAUUCGGGUGCCUCCUGUAAAGAAGAGAGAGAUUCAAAACAAAAAAGACAGGAAACUUCACAAGCAGGUGCGUGUCAAGAGAAAGCCAAACUAUCUAGCACAGACCGUCUGACCACAAGGAGUGGGUCCUGCGCAGAGUCAUUAAACUCAGCGAAGCCCUGGGAGGCGACAUGUCCUGUGGUGGCAAAAAAGGAAGCAACUUUUUGCAGCGCUAAAGCGUCUGAAGCGUUGGGAGGUAGCUGCAAAAUCACUCCAUCAAAAGAGCUAUCCCACGCUCUUGGACAAGCAGCUCUGAGAGCCUCUCCUCUGCCAGAUGGCAGCACAAGGCCCUGUAAGGAAGGGACUCUCACACUAGCAAAAAGCAAAGAGGUUGGAAAUCAGUUAAAAAUACAAGACUUUCCCCUGUCACAUGAUGGUGCUGUAAAGAAAACAUAGCAGCAUCCCUGGUACGCGUGGACUGGAGCAUUCUACAUUCAAAAUAGAGACUGCAUGUUUGAAUUUUGUAAUAUACACUAAUAUAAAAUAGAACUUGUGUACAUCUAUUUUUGGGAGGGUUUUUUUCAUACUGUUUUUUGUGUUUUUUCAUCCUUGCUAUUCUAUUUUUGUACACAGUAAUGCUUGCUGUUUGAGGUCUCUUUAGAACAGGGUAUCUUUAAAGCAGGGCUUAAGAAACAGUUUGUUGAAUUUUUUUUUUUUCCCCUCCUUCCAGACCUUUUAUGUUGCUUGAGUUUAGGGCCUGUUGUGCUCUUCCCUCUAACCCUGCCUUUAUUUGAGAUACCAAAAUUCUGAGUACAAAAAAGGCAGUUUACUUUAAAAUCUCUGCUUUUCAACCUUCUCUUUGAAAUGCUAUUGGAAUUCACAAAUUUCAAGUAUUUUCUUUGAAUUUACAAUCUGGUGUCCUUUGACAAGGAGAAGAAAAUACCCUCUUGUCCGCAAGUUAUUCUGGAGCUACCAACCCUCUUUGUAAGGCCUCCUCAUCACCAUGUGCAUUCAGUCCUGCACGCGUCUUUAGAGGAUACAGAGGCAAGGGACUUGGCUGGAGGGAUUGGACAGAGAGUGAUCCCUGUCUUCUUUUUAAACCAAUUAAAAGUACUUUUCAAUGCAAUUAUCAGAAAGAGAAAUAAUCCAGUCUGUAAGCUGUUUGAGGGGGGGAUUUUAUUUUACUUACUCUUUAUGGGACACAUAGCAAAUUUUCCCUCUGUUUUUAAACUUUUAAUGAUGUUUUAUCUUCCUUUCUCUGGCUUCAAUUCAUAACUUUCCCUGCCUCAGAGUAAAUGACCCCAGGAGAGGAGUGCCUUGUAGGUUGAUUUUAAAGUAAGAGGAAUUUGUAGUCACCUGUUCUCCAGUGUGUCUCAGUCAAAGUUAUCUCAAUGAUAAAUGACCUUUGGAGACUUUUCCUUCUCUUGGAGAGUCUAAAUAGGUAGGGAUUUUAUUCAUUUCUGAAUUGGGGCUUGGGAAACUUGCUGAGUUUUCUAUCUGCCUGGUUUAAAAACAAACAAACAAACCAACCUAUGAAGAGCUCUGACUCCUCGAGUUCUGUGGACAAGCUGCAAGCAGACUUCAAAACACAUGUGAUAUUUUAAGAUUUCAGCUUUGAUAGCUAGGUCAUUUCCACCGCUGAGGUCACUUUCCAUUAAAAAGUUACUCUUUGCUCUUAGGUUUAGACAUUGCUUUGCUUUAAGUGUGACCAACUCUGGAUAACAGUGCUCUUGCUGAGGAUUAGAUCAAUAAUAAUACACCAAUAAAUGUGUCGAGUGGUGAUACCUGUAGCACUGUAAGCCAUCUCUUCAUCCAAUUAAAGGUUCCUCUCAAUGAACGCUCCCAUCAUUUGUCCCAGAUUGUGCUCAGCUUUUAUUCUAGUCUUGUCUCAGUGUAUCUCCUUGCGGAUCACCCGCCAGGUCUAGUAUCCUGAUCACUGACUUACUCUGUUAGAAGUAGAAUGACUGUGCAACAGUAUUUCAAGCUAAAACCUGCAUCUGUUGGUCUUACUUCAUUACACUACCACCUUUUUCAUUGUCUUGGUCUUCUCCAGAUGGAAGUUUUGAUUCACUUUCCCUAAAUGCAAAUAUGUUUUUAUAUCGGAAUAUAUUUUCUCCAUCUCUUUCAACUUGAUUUCAGCUCAAUCCACAAAUCACAAAAAUCUCUGGAAUCUCACCCUGCUUCCUUCUGUAUAACCAGUUUCUCCUGAUUAUAUACUUGAUUUUUGGCUGCUUGGAUUUAAUUUCUGGACCAAGUUUUGGUUUGGUUUGAACUUUUUUUUUAAAACAUGUUUAAAUGAGUGUUUGCUCCGUGUGUCUGUGUGAACUUAUAUGGUGUUGUUAAUACACUAACCAAAGCCUCAACGCUCCCAGAUAACACGUUAAUAAAUCUUGCUGUGACGGUAUUGAGAGCAGAGCCUGCUGUGCUGUCUCUUUGCUCUUUUUCCUGGAAUUCAUAGGUUACUCAUAUACACUUGGUUUGCAGUUAUAAACCACAGUAUUUCCACUGUCUUGUCAGGGUCCUGGGUAUCUCCAGGCUUGCAAAGCACUCUUGUUGAUGAGCGUUGGUCUGUGCUGAUUUGGAGCAAUAGCAAGUAAGGAGCAGACUUGGCAGGAUCUGGUACUUACCUGGCUGGUUUUCUCCCCAAUGGGUGAUCUACUAAAAAAUUGCUGAGAAAGGAGGUCUGAUUGGCAGUGGUGUAUAUGAUAAAAUGGACAGGAAUAGUGAAAAAUUGAUUCAGCAUCCUGAGUCUAUGAUAAUUACAAAGCAAAGCCUCAAGCUUAUCUCCUGAGAGCACCUAACCUUGGCAAGAUGAAGACUCUAUCAAUUAAGUUACGGGCCCGGAGCUGGGUGAGGAUGUGGUCUGACCUGGCUGUUCUCUGGGUGGCAGGUCUCCCUUUCCUUCUCCUUGUGGUGACACAGCUGCCUCUGUGAGUGUGCUCCUGGGGCAUCCACAAAGGGCUCUGCGUUUAAAAAAAACUUAAGGGGAAAACCGCUCUUAGGAGAGAGGGCUGGGUAAUCUGGCUCAUCCCACACAGGUUGGGAGGGGGAACCUGCUGAAGAUACCAGCUGUAUUAACUGCUGACUCCCUCCCUUUGCAACUGGGGGCUCCUGUGCUGAAUUGCAGUUAUCCUUAUGCAU